AUGCCCGGGCCCGGGUGUGUCCGUGCCAGGCUCCCCGAGAAGCUGCAGGACCAGCUGGGAAGUGGAGUCACGGCGUUUGAAAACCCAAAGAGCAGCUGCUGCCCCCGCCACAGACCCCUGAGCACGGGCGCAGCACAGCGGGCCAGCCCCGGAGGCACAUCAGCUGCUCCCAGAGGGAGGAACAAAACGGGCAGCCCAAGGCAUUGCUGGAAAGGCAUCCCAGGGUCCCUGCAGCAGGUCCCGGGAUCCCCAGUGCAGAUCCCAGGAUCCCUUCAGCAGAUCCCAGUGUCCCUGCAGCAGGUCCCGGGAUCCCCAGUGCAGAUCCCAGGAUCCCUUCAGCAGGUCCCAGGAUCCCUGCAGCAGGUCCCGGGAUCCCCAGGGCAGAUCCCAGUGUCCCCACAGCAGAUCCCAGGAUCCCUUCAGCAGAUCCCAGGAUCCCUUCAGCAUGUCCCAGGAUCCCUUCAGCAGAUCCCAGUGUCCCUGCAGCAGGUCCUGGGAUGCCCAGUGCAGGGUCCAGGGUCCCUUCAGCAGAUCCCAGGAUACCUGCAGCAAAUCCCAGGAUCCCUUCAGCAUGUCGCGGGAUCCCCAGUGCAGGGUCCAGGGUCCCUGCAGCAGGUCCCAGGAUCCCUGCAGCAAAUCCCAGGAUCCCCAGUGCAGAUCCCAGGAUCCCUGCAGCAGGUCCCAGGGUCCCUGCAGCAAAUCCCAGGGAUCCUCAGUGCAGAUCCCAGGAUCCCCAGUGCAGAUCCCAGGAUCCCUGCAGCCGGUCCUGGGAUCCCUUCAGCAGAUCCCAGGAUCCCUGCAGCAGAUCCCAGGAUCCCCAGUACAGAUCCCAGGAUCCCCAGUGCAGAUCCCAGGAUCCCUGCAGCAGAUCCCAGGGUCUCUGCAGCAGAUCCCAGGAUCCUCAGUGCAGAUCCCAGGAUCCCCAGUGCAGAUCCCAGGAUCCCUGCAGCAGAUCCCAGGAUCCCCAGUACAGAUCCCAGGAUCCCCAGUGCAGAUCUCAGGAUCCCUUCAGCAUGUCCCAGGGUCCCUGCAGCAAAUCCCAGUGUCCCUCAGCAGAUCCCAGGAUCCCCAGUGCAGAUCCCAGGAUCCCCAGUGCAGAUCCCAGGAUCUCAAGUGCAGAUCCCAGUGUCCCUGCAGCACAUCCCAGGAUCCCCAGUGCAGAUCCCAGGAUCCCUGCACCCCUGCGGGGGUCCCCAUCACCCACCCACCCACCGAGGGGUCUGCACAGCCUGGCUGGGCACCCCCGAGCAGCCUCCCCUGCCGGGAACCUCCGGGGUUUGGCACAGACUGAGGAGCGGCUUCCCCGCUUAACCUUACAAAUAAAACUAAAAACUUUUAAAAAAUACUAUUUAUU